CUCAGCUCACCUUUCCCACACCUCAUAUUCACCGUUUACUUAUGUCAUUCUUUAGUAACAUCCCUAGAUUUGGAAAACCUGCGUCUGUUGCCUUGCCAAAUGACACCUUGCCCUUACCUGCUACCCAGCCAAGCGGCAGAUUCUCAAACUGGAGCGUGCCGGCGCAGUUCAACCGAAUCGCGCUUCCAGUGGACGAGGAAGGCGUAGAGCCGAGCGCCUGGAGCAUUGAGCUUUCGCACUGGGAUCGGAUCAUUAUCUUCUCCAUCACACUUUUGGGCUGUGCUCUCUGCUACACCGCGUGUAUCUUCUUGUUCCCGGCCUUGGCGUUGCGGCCGCGGAAGUUUGCUAUUCUUUGGUCGCUCGGUUCAUUAUUGUUCAUUAUCUCGUUCGGGGUACUCCACACGUCCGUGGUGAAGUAUUUGGAGCACUUGUUUUCGCCCGCACGCUUGUGGUUCACCGUUAGCUUUACCACGAGUAUAGUAUUAACGUUGGUAUCCGCGCUCCGGUUAAAAAGCUCCCUAUUGAGCAUUAUCUUUGCUGCCAUACAGCUCGUUUCUGUCUUUGCCUACGCCGUAAGCUACUUUCCUGGCGGUACCCGUGGCUUGCAGCUUGCUGGGAACGUCGCUGCCAGCCAGGUUGAUGGGUGGUUGAGUGCGUAAAUUGUAACUUGGUUAAGCAGGUGUUUGCUUGAAUAUGGUUGGUAAUAUCCUUAAAACUAAGGGUUGGAUUUAUAGGUUUUGGAUAUAUGUUUAUUGAGAUAGAUUGGA